AUGCGUUAUAAUAAGAAGGGCAAUCUAUUAGUGUCUUUGAGGGCAAAAGCUCUUGCAAAGUUAGCUCAAGAAUCUUUGGAUAAUGUCAAGUAUUCUUGCUCGAAGGGGAAUGCUACUGAUAAUGACUCGUUGAAUUUAAUAACUCAUUCUUUACCACUUUUUUAUUCUACAAAUACCAGUAAACUUUAUACUAUUCCGUUGAAUUUAAAUGAAUGGGAAGUGUUGAUAUCAUUAAGUCAAUCUACUGUUCAUACCAUUGAGCAGGCGAUGAAAUUAUUAGAUGAUGUCAUAUCUAGUUAUUUUUUGGAAUCUCCAAGACAGAGGUUUACUGAUGUAUUAAUCAGCAAAUUUAAACAAGAACAAUUGAGACAUCCAAAUGAAAUCUUAACUUUCCAAUUGACAAGAUUUAUCUUAUCUUUGACUAAUAAAUUCCCAGAAUUGAUCAAGAAUUGUACGAAAUUAAUUGAUGGUUAUUUAACAUCUGUAUCACAGUUGUAUUGUAAAAAACCAUCAAGCAUGUUUUCAUUGAUUGGAUUUAUGCAUGCUUUGAUCUUUGAUACAGAAGGUGCUUCUGUCGAAGUUUGUGAAUUUGUCUGGCAGAAGUUCACUAUUUUAUUGAAUGAUGACGCCUUUUUCCUGGAAGUUGAAAAGGUUUUAAAUAAUUCUCCAAAUUUCACCAAUGACACCAUGGUCCAAUAUUUUGAUGCAGGCCAUGAGAUUUGCUCCUCAUUCUUUUCAGAAUUGAUUUCAAGAUUUCAAGUUUCUUUGGCUUUAAGAGUUUUGCAUAAAUCAAAUAGACAUCAUUUGUUAAACCCAUGCUCCUUGAGUUUACACGUUUUAGAAAUCCAAAAAAUGGAAUAUGAUUCUAAACAAGAGGUAAAUAAUUGUUCUCCAACCGAGAAACAAAUGGUUGAUAAUUUCAAAAAUGCUAUUGAAACUAAUAAGCAAUUAUUGAUAGACAUUUGUAAAUUUGCGUUAAGAAACUGUUCCAGAAUGGAUAAUUUAGAUCUUUCGAGUGAAGACAGGGCGAAAUUUACCUUUAAUUCUAAGGCAUACUUUCUAGAGUUAUUGUGUUUGAUUCCUUAUGUUUUUGAAUCAAAUUCAAAGGAAUUUAAAGAAUAUUUGAAAUUGGUCUGUGAUUUUAUGGAAACGUUUUUGUUGACCGAUUUCAUAACAGAACCAUUAAUAAAAUCUAUCAUUUGUUCUGCUUCUUAUUUAAAUUUUUUCACUGAAGAAAAUUCAUUGACUCUACUUAGAAUGUUCCCAUUAUUAGUUGCAUCUGAUCACAUCAGUAACGAUGUUGUGACUGAUAUAUCAAAGAUUUUUACUAUUGGACUGUAUCCAUUAAAUGAAGAUGUUAUUGUUAAUACGAUUUAUUCUAUCAACAACAUGUUGUCUGUUACUGAUAGUGGAUCUCCUAAAUUACUGAUUAAGGAGCGUAAAUAUACAUUAAAUUCAAUUACAGAUCAAUUAAGAGAAAGAGCUGCCAGCCCUCACACGUUAGAUCUUAUUAACAAUUAUGAUCUAGCUUCAGGUGCUAACGGAUCCUCAAAAACAGAUAUCGGACAAUCUACAAUUACAUCAGUUGGUUACCAUGAAAAACUUUUUAAAAACUGUGUUACUGCUGUUACUACGAUAGCCUCAAAUUAUAAUGAUCAGUCAAUAACUGCGUUAACUACUACAAUUUUGACUCAAAAAGUUAAUGUUGUUUCAAAACAAUUGGACAAGAUCAUCAUAGAUUCUCUCGCAAUUUUAGCACCAUUCACUACCCCAAGUGAAUUUUCACUCAUGUUAAAAUUCUUUAAACUGGCAACAAGUAGUGCUAUCAAAGAUGGGAAACAUGACUUAUUGAAGAAUAUCAAUGAUGCCAGAACUAUGAUAUCUAAGGAAUUGAAAUCUUAUCAUUACGAAUCAGAAUUGUAUAAACUUCACCUAUAUGACUUAUUAGACAUUAUCAUCUCCAGUGGUGAAGUAGAGCAUAAGGAACAUAGAACAGAUGAAGAACUUUCAGCAGUUGCCGAUCAGAUUGGUUUAUACCUAACUCCGUUGGCAGAAAUGUUACCUUCACCUCCAAAUGCACCCUUGGAUAUUAGUACUGAUGAAAUGUUCACGAACAUGUUUAGAAAUAUCUGGUUCAAUAUGACAAUUCAUGGUUUUUAUUAUGAUUCCAAAAUUGUUAAAAAAUAUAUUUCCCAAUUGACAAUAAUUGCUUUCAAUACUCCUCCUUUAGCCUCUGACUUCCCUGCCAACAAAAAGGAGAUGUCGUUAGAAAUGAAUUCUAUUUUACGUCGUGGUUCCUCAAACUCUAAUAUCAAACACCAAAAACAAGUAAUUUCCAAGUAUGCAGAGCAAAAACCUGUCCAACCUAGAUCUACUUCUAACACUAAAAUCAUGUUUUUGGCAGCUACAGUACUGUUAGAGACAAUAAGAUGUGAAGCGGGAGAUUGUUCCAAAUUAUUGUUGUACUUCUCAGAUCCAUCCAUUGUUUCAUCGUCGAUUGAAAAGAAUAUUGAAUCUAUAAAUGUCAGUAUGAUUCAUAAAUUCACUAGAGCCUCUCAGUCUGGCAAGCCUUCUAGGUAUAAUUCCAAGGAAAUUGCAAGACAAUUGAAUAACAUGUUAUUAUUGCUAGUUCAUAAGAAUGCAUUGUUACAGAAUGUGGCUUUUAAGUCAUGCGAGUUAUUCAUUAGGACGAUCCCAUCAUCCCUAUGCCACCAUCAGUCACUGUAUACUCUAUUGGAUUUAAUGACCUCCUUAUUUGAUGGUGUAAUUGAUUGUGAAACAAAUAAGUUUGAACCAGAUUAUGAUUUCUAUCUGAAACACUUUAAUACCAAAGUAUCAUUUCCAAGUUCUAUUUCGUGGAGAAGAUUGACACUUGCAAAGUUAACCAAAUGUGCAAAGGAAUGGGUAAAAUAUGUUUUAAAUAGAUCCAGUCACGAUAUUAAGAUAUUGUUGCAGUCUUAUAUUUCUGACCUAAACCAAUUCGAAAGACUAAGUAAUGUUGAAUAUGGUGUGUCUUUUGCAAUGGAUAUGGCGGGAUCUAUUCUGUCAGUCGAUAAAGAAUUGUCAAGAUUAAAUUAUAUUGGAGGAGAAAAACCAAAUACCAUUGCUGGGUUUAUAUCACAGCAUUCUUGGAGAUCAAAGUAUCUGGUUGAUAAGGCAAUCGCAUCUUCACCACAUGAUAUUUUUAAAGAAAUAACAUCAAAUAUAAACAAAAUCAAUACUCAUUUAGAUACUAAUAGUAAGAUCGACCAAAGAAUAAUUGCCGAAUUUUUAGAUUUAUCAGCUGCUCUAAUCAUUCACGGGUCUUAUGAGGCAUCUUCUUUGAUUCACAAUAUUGUCCAGAUCCCUUUCAAUGUAUUCACACAAUCCACAUUGAAAGCUUCAACUGAUGUCUGGCUAACAAUUAUGAAAGAGAGACCUGAAUUAGCUCAUAUUCUUCUUGUAGAGGUUGGUUACAGAUGGAUGCGUUCUAUCGAUGAUUCAAUUGGUUUGUAUUCUCAUAAAUACGAUAUUACAAGAGCAGAAUGCCAAAUGAUGGAAUACAAGCCAUAUAACAAAAAGGCUAUAAAUAGGAAUGCAAAAUUAACUACUGAUGCCCUAGAACCACACCGUAUCUUGGUUUCAUUUUUUUCUUCUCAUUUUGAAGGUACUCUAUUUCAAAGUGAUUCAUUAUUGAAAUUAUUCACAAAUUGGGUUUAUCAUUCCGUCGAUAAAUUGUGUAAUGCUUCAUUACACCCGUUUUCUAGAUUGAUACGUAAUGAACUUUUGGUUUUUGCAGUUGAAGUUCUGGGUGUUAAUUAUAAACAGAAUAGUAAAGCAGUUGGUAAGUUAUGUAAUGUUAUUGUAAAGUGUGGUUUGAGUUGGUACAAAAGCCCUAUCUCGUGGCCUUUUGGUGCGAAUGAAUUAAGAAACAAGGCUGAUUUGGCUGUGGCAAUUGAUCUAUCUAACCGCUUGGAUAAAGCCUCUGGGAUAUUGACAUAUUACUGCAAAUUAGAAUAUCAAUUAUUACAAAUUGCAUUACAAGAUGAAAUAUUUAGAAUGAAGACUUGGUUGUCACCGUUAAAUAAAAUCGAAAGUAAUAUUGGGUCUAUUUCUAUGGAUAUGAUAAAGGCAGCCAUGGCUAUUAACCCCUCAAUUGCAAUCAAUAUUGCUCAAUCCUUGUCAAAAGAGAAAAAUUUGAACGAAUUAACUAUGUUGAUAUCAAACGAUCCACUGAAAUUUGUCGGUAUACCAGAUGCACUUGGCCCAUAUUUAGAAGACAGAAUGCGUAAUAGCAAAGCUGAUCUACAUUAUGUGACUUAUUGGUGUCCGACUACCCCAUUGAAGUCAAUCGAUUUAUUUUUGCCAGAACAUAACCAAGAUAGAUUUAUUUUGCAAUAUGCAGUUCAUUCUCUGGAAUUUCAUGAUGUAAAUGUGAUCUUUUUCUAUGUUCCUCAAAUUGUUCAAUGUUUGCGUUAUGACCAUACCGGGUAUGUGGAAAGACUAAUAUUAGAUACUGCAAUGAACAGUGUUCUAUUUUCACACCAAAUUAUUUGGAAUAUGCUAGCAAACUGUUAUAAAGGUGAUGAAGGGUUAAUAGAAGAUGAGAUAAAACCAACAUUAGAUCGUGUUCGUGAAAAAUUAGUUGCUACUUUCAAUAAAUCACACAGUGAAUUUUACCAUAGAGAAUUUAAGUUCUUUAAUGAAGUUACUGGUAUCUCUGGUAAAUUAAAACCAUAUAUCAAGAAAAGUAAAGCUGAAAAGAAACAAAAAAUCGAUGAAGAGAUGGCUAAAAUUGUUGUCGAACCAGGUGUAUAUUUACCUUCAAACCCGGAUGGUAUAGUUAUCGAUAUAAACAGAAAAAGUGGUAAACCAUUGCAAUCUCAUGCAAAGGCUCCAUUCAUGGCAACGUUUAAGAUCAAGAAAGAUGUUGAAGGUGAUAAUGGAGGAUUGCAGACAGUAGAAAAAUGGCAAGCUGCAAUUUUUAAAGUGGGUGAUGACUGUAGACAAGAUGUUUUGGCCUUACAAUUAAUCUCGAUGUUCAGAACUAUUUGGUCUAAUAUUGGUUUAGAUGUUUAUGUAUUCCCAUACAGAGUUACUGCAACCGCUCCAGGUUGUGGUGUUAUCGAUGUUUUACCUAAUUCCAUAUCUCGUGAUAUGUUAGGUCGAGAAGCUGUUAACGGUUUGUAUGAAUAUUUCAUUAGCAAAUUUGGCAAUGAGACAUCGUUCGAGUUUCAAAAUGCUAGAAAUAAUUUUGUCAAAUCUUUAGCAGGCUACAGUGUUAUAUCAUAUUUAUUGCAAUUUAAAGACAGACACAAUGGUAACAUUAUGUAUGAUGAUCAAGGUCACUGUUUACAUAUUGAUUUUGGUUUUAUAUUUGACAUUGUACCUGGUGGUGUAAAAUUUGAGGCAGUACCAUUUAAAUUAACUAAAGAAAUGGUAAAUGUAAUGGGCGGUUCCCAAGAGACACAGGCAUAUCGUGAUUUUGAAGAAUUAUGUAUCAAGGCAUAUUUAGCAGCUAGACCUCACAUGGAUGCUAUUAUUGAAUGUGUUAAGCCAAUGCUAGGGAGUGGAUUGCCAUGUUUCAAAGGCGUUAAAACGAUUAGAAAUUUGAGAAAUAGAUUUCAACCUCAAAAAACUGAACACGAAGCGGCUAUGUAUAUGAAGAAUUUGAUCAGAAAGAGUUAUGAAAGUUUGUUUACCAAAGGUUAUGAUGAAUUCCAAAGAUUAACAAAUGGUAUUCCAUAUUGA